AACGUACUCAUUAACUACGCCCCUCUUGCGUUUUAACUCGGAAGCGGAAGUGCAGGGCGGGUUUUUAGCGUUCCUUCGUGUCAGGUGCUUGUUGUUCCUCCGCAGCGAAAUAACAGAGCCACAUUUUGGAGGUUUUAAACGAAUUCAGAGAUGGUUUGCAUCCCAUGCAUCGUCAUUCCUGUCCUCCUCUGGGUUUAUAAGAAAUUUUUAGAGCCCUAUAUCUACCCACUAAUUUCUCCAUUUAUCAGCCGGUUUUGGACCAAGAAAUCUGUUCAAGACACGGGACCUGAAAAGAAACCGCUAGAUGAACAAAGCAAUGGCCUAUGCAAGACGGAAUGUCCAUGCAGUGGAGAUGCAAAGGGAUUUGGCACAAGAAUUACUACUGAAGAUUCAGACAAAAAGACAAAUUAAAAUGAGGAGGACUUGGCUAUGAAGAACAUAUGAUGAGAACAUGAUAGUUUUUAAUUUCAUACUAUUUUCAUAUCUUAAGGAAUUAUAUAACACCCUCUUUUCAUUAUUUUGACACUAAUGUCACUUCAUUUUGAACACUCUGAACUGUUUUUGAUCAGUUGGCUGGCUGCACAUUUGUUUCUUGCAGCUCAUAUUAAUUUAGUUUGUCUUUGCACAUUUAAAAUUUGGUUUAGCAUUUUCUGGCUUAUGUUAAUAUUAUUAUUUAUGUACUAUGAUAAUGUCAUACAUAUUUUCUGCUUGGAAUCUUGCAGGACGAUAUUAUGCAAUAGAUCUAUUAUUAACCGAGGAGGAUCUCACAUUCCUGAUAGGGAUCAUAAUUCUGAAACAUUUGAGUUUCUAAUUAAAUAAAAGAGAGCUGAUAAGAUAAGUAAUGCAA